AUGAGCUCUUUUUGCUUGCUACAAGUCGGUCUUAUUCUGUCAUGUACCACCAAAAUCACAAGUCUUCACUGUAAUCACCUUCGUCUACAGCAAAGCAAAGUGAUUGAGAGCAGCCUGCGACUUUUGGACAAAAUGGGAGAAAAGUUUCCUCGGCAAUGCCUAAGGGAGAAAACCUCCUUCAGGUUCCCCAAGCAGGUCCUGAAGCCCAGGCAGAGGGAGACCAUGAAGAUGGCCAUUGAAGAGAUCUUCCAACACAUCUUCUACAUCUUCAGCAAGAACCUGACACUAGCUGAGUGGGAUGGGCGAGCCCUUGAGCUCUUCCAGAAUGGGCUUUACCAGCAGAUUGAGCAAGUGGAGGCUUGUGCAACCGAGAAGAGGACCCACCGCUCCUGGCGCAGAGAACCCAGCAGGCUCCAGCUGAAAAGGUAUUUCCAGCAGAUAGACUGCUUUCUUAAGGACAGACAGCACAGCCGGUGCUCCUGGGAGGUCAGCCGUGCAGAAAUGAGGAGAUGUCUUCAACUUGUUGAGAAAGUCACAAGGAGGCUUAACAAUUGA